AUGCUGUUCAAGGUUAUGCGCGACGCCCACCUGGGCGAGGGGCAGCGCAUUUGCAAGGAGAUCGCGGGGCGCACGGUGACGGUGCUGCGGGCGGAGGGAAAGGCCUACUGCAUCGACUCGUCGUGCUACCACAUGGGCGGGCCCAUCGGGGCCGAGGGCGACAUCGAGGACGUGGGAGGACGGCUCAGCAUCACGUGUCCGUGGCACAAGCACAAGAUCCUCCUCGACAACGGCAAGCGCGCCGAGACGGGCCUGGACGGCUGCAUGCGCGAGGGGCCAGAGGCCGUCCAGCGCGUGCACAAGGUCAUCGUGGACGACGGUUGGCUGUGGGUCAGCAUCGACCAGAACCAGAGGGCGCGCAGCGACACCUACAACGAGCGCGCAGCCGAGCCGGCGUUCGAGGCCUCCCCCAGCAAGCCGCGCUUCGGCCUCGGGAUGCUCCCCGCGGCACACGACCCGCGCUCCCCCGCCGCGUCCACCGCGUCGACGCUCCAGCUCAGCCAGCCCGACUCCAGGCGCAGGGAUAGCGGGUCGGCGGACAGCGGGAGUCCGCGGUGUCCGGCUCCGGCUCCGUUGGAGCCGUACGGCGGGUGGGGGGCGGCGAAGGCAGCGCCCGUCCCCGUGUUCGGGGCCGCGCCGGCGCAGGUGGGCGCGGAGCGGCAUCGCGCGGGCAACGGAGCGCCGGCGGGGGCGAUGAACGCGUUCCGGCAGCGCCGGCGGCUCGCUACGGAGGCCGUCCUGAAGAACGCGCGCGCCCCCGUCACUUCCCUCGGCGACCCGGCCGCGAUGGCCACGACCCCCCCCGCGCCCCGCACCGCUCAGAAGCGUAGCGCCCGCCUCGCGGACCUGGGCUCGCCCGUCAAGCUGGGGUACCGCGAGGCGCAGCGGCACGUGGGCGCGGAGCACGAGGCGCCCGCGGCGCGGCGGCAGCUCGCAGUGUCGGGCCCGACGCAGGGGGGGGGACUGAAGCAGGCGAGCCUGCUGGGGUAUGGGUUCAGCAGGGGGGGGGUGUCCAAGGCGGAGCAGGGCCUCGCGCUGCGGUUCGAGCGGCUCGCGACGGGCGGGGAGGGCUCCGCGCCGUUCGUGUCGGAUAUGGACUUUUGA